AUGCCCUCAUCUCGCAACAAAUCUUAUUUGUUAAAUAUUUUUGAUACUCCUGGACAUGUUAAUUUCUCUGACGAAUGUACAGCAGCUUUCCGUCUAUCUGACGGUGUUGUUAUAAUGGUUGAUGUUCAUGAAGGAAUGAUGUUAAAUACUGAAAGAUUACUUCGACAUGCAGUUCAGGAACGUCUUCCAAUUACUAUUUGUUUAAAUAAAAUUGACAGACUUAUUCUUGAAUUAAAACUGCCGCCAGCUGAUGCUUAUGCUAAAUUGAAAUUUACUCUGGAUCAAAUUAACAAUUUCGUUCAGACAUUUGGAGAAGAAGAUAUUCCUUUAUUUUCUCCAUUAAUGGGAAAUGUUAUUUUUGCAAGUGGUCGCUAUUCUAUUUGUUUUUCUCUUCAAAGUUUUGCAAAUAUUUAUUCUUCAAAAUAUCGAGAACUUGAUUCUAUUGGAUUUGCUAAACGUUUGUGGGGCGAUAUGUUUUAUGAUCCAGCAACUCGAAAAUUUACGCGAAAACAGCAAUUUAGUUCUCAAACACAGGCGCCUAGAACUUUUGUUCAUUUUAUUUUGGAACCAAUGUAUAAACUUUUCUCACAGGUUGUUGGUGAUGUUGACACUUGUCUACCAAAAUUGCAGGAACAUUUAGGCAUUAAACUUACUAGAGAAGAACAGAAAAUGAAUGUACGUCCAUUAAUUACAUUAAUUUGUCAACGCUUUUUUGGAACUUUUACAGCUUUUGUCGAUCUUGUUGUGCAAAAUUUCAAGUCACCAGUUGAGAAUGGCCCUAUAAAAGUACAACAGUGUUAUACUGGUGAAAUAACACGUCCAUUACCUAUGGCUGUUGCUAAAUGUGAUGCUAGUGUUGGUUUUUUUUAUUUUAUCACAACUUUUAAGUAUUUUUAUCUCUUAACCCGGAAUCUGGAAUUUUUAAAAUUUAGUCAGUUUUAUUUUCUAAAAAUGUUGGAUCUUAAUAACGGGGAAUUUAUUUUCCGGCAUUUCAUUUUUUAUUAUUUUUCCUGUCGAAUUAAAGUGGAACUAACAUCAUUUUUAUUCGAUUUAAUUACAAAAAUAUUGAAAUUUAUUUACCUUCGAUUCGAAGUAAUUACCGUAUUAUCUCUAAUACAAGCCCUGGGCGUCUAUUUUUCAAUACCCCUCAUUGACUGGGCUUCUAAUAGGGCAUGGGCUUCUAUUAGGGCAUGGGCUUUUAUUUUUCAAUAUCGAAAUUUUAUAGAAGAUAAAAAAUAA